AGGUUAUCAGUUAUCACAGGUUUUUGAAUCUUUGAUUAUCUUUGCUGUGAUCAAUGGCAACAAGAAGCAAGUUCAUUCACACUAAGGGUGGAGUUGGAGAAACAAACUAUGCUAACAACUCAUCACUUCAGAGUAAUCUAAUGUCCAAAGUGAAACCUAUGCUGGAAGAAAGUAUAAGGAGCCUCUAUAGCAGCUCUCUACCAAGUUGUCUAAAAGUGGCAGAUUUAGGAUGUUCUUCAGGUCCCAAUGCACUCAAAUUAGUAUCUGGUAUCAUCGAUAUUGUAGAUUCUAUAAGCUGCAACCUUGAUAAUCAUGAUCAUGAACCACUUGCAUUCCAAUUUUUCCUGAAUGAUCAAUUUCGGAACGAUUUCAACAACAUAUUUGAGUCACUACCUCAAUUCUAUGAGAGGCUAAUGGAAGAAAAGGGAGAGAGACUCGGUUCGUGUUUCGUGAAUGCAACACCAGGGAGCUUUUAUGGGAGACUCUUCCCUAACAAUUCCAUUCACUUAUUUCAUUCCUCUGCCAGUCUGCAUUGGCUCUCUCAGACCCCGAGGAGAUUGGCUAAGGGAACUGGAUUGGUUAAUAAGGGAAACAUUUACAUAACAAGAACAAGCCCACCAGAGGUGUACCAAGCAUAUCUUGAUCAGUUUCAACAUGAUUUCAGUGCAUUUCUAAGAUCUCGUGCAAAGGAAUUAGUGCAGGGUGGUGGUAUGUUUCUGAUGUUUCUUGGCAGAGAUCAAAAUUCUGAAAUGAUAUCCCCUUAUGAAGUUCUUGGUUCAGCACUCAAUGACAUGGUUUCAGAGGGUUUGAUUGAAGAGGCGAAAUUGGAUUCAAUGAACAUGCCAAGAUAUGGUGGUACACCAGAUGAAGUGAUACAAGUGAUUGAGUCAGAAGGGUCGUUUACUCUUCAAAAGCUUGAAGCUAUCAAUAACCCUUGGGAUGAGGGUUUGAACAAUAACAAUGGCAAUGAUAAUGCAGAUAUGAGUGCUGAUUUCAUAGCCAAACAUGUAAGGGCCACUUGUGAACCAAUGUUAAAUGCAGAGUUUGGUGAAGGAAUAAUUGAUGAAUUAUUCCUUAGAUAUAGAAAGAGGAUUGUGAUGAAGUUGGAAGAAGAAAAGUUAGAGUAUACUAUGUUGGUCAUGUUCAUGACUAAGAAGUGACAAAUUGUUGAGCAAUGGAGCCGCUAAGUAUUGUAAUAAACUGCACAAGAAAUUUAAGUUCUUGAUGUCUAAAAUGUCCAACAGGAUUGUAAAGUUCAUUCAUGAUGAGUCAAUCAACUCAGUACUUUUGAUGAUAAAUAUCCUAAUAAGUUAUGCUUGUUUGAGUUGUGAUUAUUUGAAACAAUUCAGAUUUUUCCAA